GACGUGAGGGGCCGGAGGGCCGCCGUCGAAUAUCUUGUCUCUCCCACCGGCUGAGCGUCUUGAAUUCAACAACAGCCUCUUUUCUCCUCCAUUUCUUUCACCAAUUCUUCAUCCAUUUUUCAUCACCUAUUUUCCAACUGUCGUAUAGACUCUCAGCUGAUAGAACUGUCACACCACGAUCCAAUCUCGCCUCGCCACAACCCCAACCAUGGCGCGCUUCCGCGUCCCAUUCUCCUCGCUGCCCGUCCCGGAACCCCUGCGUGCCCUCCCGGCGCCGACGGUCCGCAUCAUCACCCUCCUCCUCGCCGUCAACGUCCUCAUUUGGGCCGUCGCCGGCGUCAUUCUGCACUUCCACCCGGCCCUCGCGCCCCCCGCCGCCCUCUCCUUCGUCCUCGGCCUGCGCCACGCCCUCGACGCCGACCACAUCUCGGCCAUCGACCUCACGACCCGCCGCCUCAUCGCCUCGGGCCAGCGCCCCGUCACCGUCGGCACCUUCUUCUCCCUCGGCCACAGCACCGUCGUCAUCGUCACCUGCGUCGUCGUCGCCGCCACCAGCGGCGCCCUGAGGGACCGCUUCGACGGCUUCGCCCGCGUCGGCAACAUCGUUGGCACCGCCGUUAGCGCCGCCUUCCUGCUGCUGCUGUGCGCCGGCAACGGCUGGGUGCUGUACAAGCUCGUCAGGAGGCUGCGAGUCGUCCUGGACGAGGAGAGGGGGGGCAGGAAGAGGGGGGCCGCGGUGCAGGGCCACGAGGGGCCGGCUGGGGAGGAGCAGGACGAGGGCAACGCGGCGAUGGAUCUGAAGCUCGAGGGCGAGGGGUUCCUGGCGUCUGUCUUCAGGAAGGUGUUUCGCGUCGUCGACCGGCCGUGGAAGAUGUUUCCUCUCGGGAUCCUCUUCGGGCUGGGGUUCGACACGAGUUCCGAAAUUGCCAUCCUCGGCCUGUCGAGCGUGCACGGCGCCCAGGGGACGAGCAUCUGGCUCAUCCUCAUCUUUCCCAUUCUUUUCACCGCCGGCAUGUGCCUCCUCGACACCACCGACGGCGCCCUCAUGAUGGCCCUCUACACCUCCAAGGCCUUCUCGCGCGACCGCGUCGCCAUCCUCUACUACUCCAUCGUUCUCACGGGCAUCACCGUCUUCGUCUCGGCUUUCAUCGGCGUCAUCCAGGUCCUGUCCCUCGUCGCCAACGUCGCCGAGCCCGAGGGCCGCUUCUGGGACGGCGUCGACGCCAUCGGCGACCACUUCGACGUCAUCGGCGGCAGCAUCUGCGGGCUUUUCGUCGUCGUCGGGCUCGGGUCCGUGCUGGUAUACCGCCCGUGGCGGAGGAGGGUCGAGAAGCGCAGCGAGGAGAGGGCGGUGCUCGUACCCGAAGAGGAGAGGGGCUUGGGUACGGGUGCGGGUGCGGGCGCCGGGUCGAGUUACGGUACUGUCGCGGCUGGGGGGCCAAUUUUGAAAAAGGGGCCUGUUGCCAGCGAGGCGACUGUGCAGGAGUAGACAUCACGUAGCGUUGAGACAUCAUAGAAGAGCAAGAGAAUACACCAGGGAAGGAUAAAUGCGCAAAUGCGCAUGGUUCGUUGGGAAAGCUGACGAAAAGGGGGAGACUUUGCUGUGCAACUCAUGUUUGAUUUGAUAGAACACUGGACCACGAUGGCGACGAGAGCCGUCGCGUCUAGACCUUCUUAGUCCAAGGCAUAUAUAUACAAGCAUAACCACAAGCAGGCCGUCUGCUUCGUGACGC